CCGCCCCAUCUCGAUCCUUCGCCUCUUCCUUCGUCUUCUUCUUCUUCUUCUUCUUGGAGGUGGUGAGGGGGAGAGGAGGAGGAGGAGGAGCAUCAUGUCGGUGCUUCCGGACGAGAUAUGGGCCCUAAUCCUGGAGAUGGGUACUGCCUUCGGCCGCCUCACCUACCGCGACCUCUGCGCCCUCGCCAUCGCCUCCCGCCGCCUCAACCGCCUCGCCCGGGACCCCGCCCUCUGGGCCACUCUUCUCGCCCUCGACUUUCCCGCUGGCCGACAUGAGCCCCACGACAAGGCCACUUCGGUCAAAUCCCUCUACCGGAUCAGGUUCGAGAGGGACAAGGCGAGGCAGCUCGCCGCCGCGAGGCGCGCGGUGCUCUAUGCGGAGAGUCGUGUGGCUGCUUCACGGAAGAGGCUGGAGGAGUUGGAGUCGUCGUUGGCACGCGAGGGCAAGAGGCUGAAGGCCGCUGUAUCUGAGUUAGCUGAUUUGGAGAGAGCAAGGACGGCAUCUGUUGCUCUAAAUGUAUGGCAGCCACAAGUAGUUCGUGGGAGACAAAAGCAGAUAGUUGAGCAAUGCACUGUGCCAGUUGAAUCUCGCCUUGGUGCUUUAAAGAUGGAAAUUAAAGUUUGUAAGCAACAGAUUGCUAUUUUUAACAAGGCCUAUAAUGAGGAGAAGAAAAAGCUGAGUGAGUACAACGAAGCACUGACUUCACUGAAGUAUCACCCCCUAAGAAGUAAUUUUGAUUCGACCAUCAGACAUUCUAACAAGCAAAAAAGGCUCAAGCAAAGUAGUGACUUGAAAUAUGGUGAUGGUCCAGUUGAGCAGGAAAGGGUAGAGAGCCUCCCUAACAAAAGCAUUUAGCUUGGCUUGGACAACUAUUGAACCGCACAGUUGGCCUCUUCAAGUUUGAGUUGUACUAACCUGCCCACAAGAUCUGCUACGAAGUCGCAGCUUGAUUACUGUCCGCCUAGAUUCUGGAAGCCUGCUACGAAGUUGCAGCUGGGUGCUGUAAAGCUAUUAUAGAGGAGUGGACCAACAGAUUGCUAGAAUCUGCAAAACCUAGUCCUCAAUGUUGCUGUGAGGGUCUUGAACAUUGAUGGAUAAAUUUCAAGACACAUUUGAUAGAUUAAAAAGCUUUGCCGAUAAAUGGUUAGCCUGUCUGAUGGUAAUUGAUGAAGAGCAAAAGCUUUUGGUUGAGAACUACAUCAUUAUACUGCAGUGUGCCAUCUGAGUUCAAUAGGAGCAAUUCUAAUCCCUUGUAUAAAAAAAUUACAUCAUUAUUAACAUUUGUGAAAUCUGUGGCAGAAUUCUAUACAAUUGUCCAGCAUCUUUAACCUUAUCUGUAAAAUUGUUUGAUGAGGACGAGUUAUUCUCAAUAUAUGUAUUUGUGCAUUUGGU